GUGCUGAUAAAAUAGGACUCGGUUGGAGACUUGGUUUAAAACCAAGAAAUCAUAUGUACAUUAGGACUGGUCAUGAAUAAUUAAACAAGACAAAACAACUCCUGUCUUGUUGGGAAAACCGAAAUUGUGUGGCUUCGAUCCGAAUCUAAUAAAUGGAUUGUACAACACCAAAUGUGACAAAACAUGGCUGCCGACGUAUUUGGUGAUGCGAGUUUAUUUUCUGAAUUUGAAAAAGACCGCGAAACUCAGCGAUUUCUUGACGAUGCCGAUGCCUCAGAAGAUGUGAAAAAUACGAAAGAUGAAGAAAAUGAUGCUAUAUCUAUUGAUAAUGGCGACAGCAGUUCAGAACCAGACGACUGUGACGUCAAAACCGCAGUUUCGGUUUCUGGUGAAGUCGAUGAUGGAUCUGAUGAAAUGGAAACGGGGGAAGAAACAGUAUCAAAAACUACACAGCACAAGAUUAUAUAUGAAAGAAAUAAAUUUCGUUCUUUUGCUAAAAUAAUAGAUUCAACAAAAUAUGUACCUGAUGACCAGAGUCCAGCAGUUCAGAUUUUAUUCCAAAAUAACAAAUUUUCACGGAAUCACAGAGCAGAGAUUGAAGACUUUAUAUUGAAUUUAAUGGAUCGAGAUCGACACGAAGAAUAUAACCACGGAGAGUUGAAUCUGCCAAAACUAAAUCUGAAAGCUUCAACGCCAACGUGCGUAGAUAUCAACGAGAAAUUACCAGUGGAAAAAAGAACGGCCGAGAUGUGGGAUGCUCAUGCUAUCAUUGGCUGUGCACAGUUUCAUCAGCUGUUUAUGGUGGAUUCUCGGGGAUGGCCUCUUCUACCUGGUUCUUCAGACCAUUCUGUUACUUGGGAUUUCAUCAAGUUUGAACAAUUAUUUGAGACUCCAUUACCAGUGGAUGAAGAAGAUUUAAAGAUUGUGAAAAGGGAUCAGAAAAAGAAAAAUGGCUGCUUUAAUUGUGGGGGAGAACAUAACUUAAACGACUGCCCCACACCCAAAGACCAGAACAAAAUACGCGAAAAUCGACGCAAGUUCCAGGAUGCAAGUUCUGUGCCGAAAUUAAGCUUGUCUAAAAAUUAUUCAGAUUUCGAAGACAAUCCCCGAUUUAAAAAGUUUCGACCAGGUGAAAUAAGUGAUGAACUUUAUUCCGCGAUGGGAAUCGAUAGAUCGCAGUUGCCGAUGUAUAUAUAUAAGAUGCGGCUGUUGGGUUAUCCGCCCGGCUGGCUUUUCAGUGCUAAGAAAGGAUAUUCGUCGGGAAUUGUUAUUUUCGAUAAAGAGGGCAAAGAGACAAAUUUAAAGGGCGAGACCCUAGAAGAUGGUGAAAUAAAUGCGGAGGGAACGGAAGAUCCGCAGGUAGAGAUUGAAAAGAUUAUCGAGUAUCCCGGGUUCACGGUUCCGUUACCAGAUGGCGUUGUAGAUGAUUGUCAACAUUUUAACAUGCCGCCAUUACAAACACAUCAGUUGAAAAAUACACUUGAAAGACAGGUCAGUGUUCAAGAAGAUAUGAAAAAACGUAAAGCCGAGCAAGAAGAUGAGGUAAAAAGAAAGAGAAUUCGUAUGAUAAAUAAAGAAGCAGACAUGGAGAUGAGUGAUGAGGAGGAUGAUACAGAGACUUCUGGAACAGAUUCUGAUUUCCGUCCUCCGUUGCCAGUCAACACACCUCCAACCAAACCCCCAAUACCAGUCGGAACUCCCCCUAUUACACCUGUUAGUCAACGAGGUCCUCUUUAUCACCCAACUCUUGCUAAUUUAACCCCGCCUCAUUUUGAUGGGAGUAAUCCCCCUUUACCGGACUACACACCACCUUGUCGUCCUCCAAUCCCUGAUGGCACACCCCCUCCUACGCCCCCUGUAAGCCUUACUUUGAGAUCAAAAUCCCAGGAAUCGAACGGAAACGACAGUCCUAGUUUUGAAAAUCUACAGGCAAAGUAUCAGGAGAUCUUGGAACAGCUAAAUGAAGACGGCAGCUCUCAAUCUGAAAGUGAAAUCAAUUCUGUUGUUAUGGUGGAAGCGAGCGAGGAAUCAGACAAUUCCACUGUGCCUCUCAGCCGACAGACAACUAACAAUUCUGAUACGUCUGUGCGUACAUUGUCACGAGCGAGCAGCACUUUAUCAAUACAAUCAUUAGACGAAUCAGGACUAGCACGCGGGAACUCUUUAACAAAAGAGUUCGGAACGCCCAUCCUUGAGGUGUCGACAAGUGUUUCGCAACUUCCAAAUCGCAAUAACUUCAAACAAGGCGCUGAAGAACAUUUAUUGUUUGAGAACUUACCUGGUUCGACAGGAACAUUCUCCAAGAUCAGGCAACUUAUGGGGAAAAUUAAAUCAAAAAUAGGGAAGAAAUAGGUUCAUAUUAGCUAUCAAAACCCACCAGGGCUUGCCACGAGCAAAUUGGAGGCGAGUAGAUGACUACUCACGCAAAUAUAGACUUGCGCGAGUGAGGCGAGUACAUGUAUUUACUCACGCAGAAUGAUGUGCGCGAGUAGCCAUUUAAAUUUCAUGUGCCUAAUGGCAAUGCUCUUGUCAAUUCGGUGGAAGCGGACGUUGAAUAAAGCUAUUUCACACACAAUGACAAUGCAUACUCUUUUAUUUCCUUGGCAGUAAUAUUAUCUGUAAAUCGUCUUCCCAUGACAAGAACGUUGCAAGAGAAACUGGGCUUCCCUUUGCAAUCGUUGGUGUGCUGAGGGGAUUCGGCUAAAGCUUAGAAAGGUAAAAGAACAGGCAAAACAAUUUCAAUCCCAUCAAUUUGCAGAAAAGAUGCGGGAUCGAAAGAAUUGCUAUUAAUAGAAACGACAACAUCCGCUCAAUGUUUGAUUAUCCAGACACGGCAAAGGACAUCCGCUUAAAAACCGCCUGGCAGUACGUGUCUCAAAGUAUUUUUAGUAACAACAGUUGGCACUGGAAAGACACGCCGCUUGCGCAAUAGUGCAUCGAUAUGAAGGCAUACAAAUUGUUUACAGCUUUUUAUAUUACGAUAUUCAAUUAUUUCUGAUUAAAUAAUUUUUAUAUUUGCGCGAGUACUUAAUCACUCACGUAAAUUUGGUUUUAUGCGAGCGUAGCGUGCGCUCGAGUAAUUACUCGCGUCUCGUGGCAAGCCCUGCCCACCCAAAAAAUAUUUAGGUAAAAGCUCAGAAUUGUGCAGAAAAGUAGCCCAGUUGAAGUCCCCUAGUAGUAUGAGUAUUCCAAGAUCCCCUGUCAAAAGUCAAAAUCUAGAAACUCACUUUAUUAUCAAAAUUGACUUAGGACCAAAUUUGUAGUUACUAGGGUAUGUGCUUGCUGUUGUUGUACUAGAUAUUCCAAUCUUUUGAUUUUGUAAGCAGUUACACCCAUGAAACAACCAAGCAACUUCCUUCCAUUUGCCUAGUAUACCACAGAAAAGCCUAGUAACUCAAUAGUCAAAUCAGUGGAUAAGCUGGGGUUUAAUUGUUUAAUAUUCAUUCAUUACGUUUUCUCUAAAUAAGAAAAACAUGAGUUAUUAGGUGUUGCCUUUUAACGGGAGAGAUUUGAAUAAGUAGAGUCAUGGACAUUGAUGACAUCAAGAGAUUCUAGGAAAUGAGUUAUUCCUUUUGAUGGCGGAGGUAAAUAUGAUGCAAAUAUAAAUAGGGGGUAUCUUGUUGGGAUUGUUAUCAAAACUCACCAAAAAAAAUGUUGCAGAAAAGUAGCCCAGACGUUUAUAUCUAAAAGCUGUGUAAAAGAUUUCUGGGAUGGUAUUUACGACAGAUAGUUUUUCUAGUUCUUGGUUUUGCUUGUGGACUCGGAGGAGGAUGCAUUUGUUCAUGUAAUGAUAAAGUAAUUUUAUUCCCAAAACAUUAAAUUACAACUACACAUAGAAUUUAUGGGGGAAAAUAAUUUGGACUAACAAAAAUAAGAUAUUGGGGCUUAUUCUUAAAAACUUGAAGUAAAAUAUUUUAAAGAUGCAGUGUUUUCAUUGGUCAAGGUUUAAAAUCUAACUGAAAAUUUCAGCUCUAAGACAAUGAAAAAUCUGCAUUCUUAAAAUAUUUUGAUUUAAGCUUUUGUGAAUAAGUGUUUUCAUUGGUUGAAUUUUAAAAUCUAACUGAAAAUUUCAGCUCUAAGCCAAUGAAAAACCUGCAUUCUUAAAAUAUUUUGAUUUAAGCUUUUGUGAAUAAGGCCACUGGAGUAUUUAUGGCUAAAAGAGUACAGAAAACACGAAUUUGGACUCGCUGUGGUGUUCAUUUGACUAAAAUGAUGGAUUAUUUUGGACUUGCCAUGGUGUACAUUUGACUAAUUUUAAAACUAAAAUGAUGUAUUUUGAACUCGCCAUGGUGUUCGUUUGAUUUUAAACUAAAAUGAAGGAAAAUAUUUUGGACUUGCCAUGGUGUACAUUUCACUUUAAACUAAAAUGAUGGAAUAUUUUGGACUCACCAUGGUGUACAUUUGGUCUAAGAUAAAGAAAACAAUGGAGGUCAGAUAAUUAUAAAAUUACUUGAUUUCCAAUAUUUAAUAAAUAUUUUUAAGAUUUUUCGUAACAGAUAUAUAAUAUAAAACUUUUGAGAAAGUUCUAAUGUUAUAAAAAUGUUUACAGUGCUGGAAAUUUCAAUAUGGUGCAAACAUUGUAGAUUUCAUUUCAUGUAAUGUCAUGUUUUUAUUGCUUGAAAAUUGUUUUAAAAUAAAAAUCAUUCAUUAUU